CCAUACAAUUGUUUUCUUACAAAGGAAUUUUUUUAGUUACCGCCCUUGAGGACGUUUCAUCACCCGCGAAGAAUUCCCGCCACGCGGUGAUACGGCGCCACUCCGUUCAAACAAGCACGCCUCGGCGAUUCCCGCGGCCACAAUCGGGAGCGGCACACCGUGAUCUCCUCGCAUCGUUUUCGUCGCCGGCAUGUUGCUGCUCCGCAACCGUUGUCAUUCUGCACUGGAUCCGUGAGGAAUUGAGGAGCCGCGUCUCCUGCGGGAUUGAGGGGCGCAUACAUUCAUUCCACUGGGAGCAUUCUGCUGCUGCAGCAGCAACAGCAACUCUGCUGAUUUGUGCUGUGACGGCAUCGGACCCGUUUAAUCAUCUCAGCUUUCAUUGCUACUCCGUCAGAAUGAAGAAGCAAGCUUGUGCGGAUUGUCUAGCACACUGCGAGAGGGUUCAUGGACGUGGCGGCGAAACCAGUGACGCCAUCCCCUUUCUUAGUCCUUCUUUUUUGAGGAGGAUCGGCCUAGAUAGUACCGAGUGCAUGCCAAUUCCGUCGUCCUUCGUUAAAGCGAACAUCAAAACUCUUGGUACAAGUCUUACUAUAGAAGGACCGAGCACAGAUAAAUGGACUGUUGCAGUGGAAGGCUCGUUUGCCAAACACAACAUCAGUUUGAGGUUGGGCUGGGUGAAUUUUGUUAAGGAUCAUCAUCUUCAGCUUGGAGACCAGCUUUUAUUCACCCUCAAAACAGACUCUUAUUUCCAAGUUGAGAUUUUUGACGAGAGCGGCUGUAAGAAACUAAGCGCCCUUGAUGCGGUCAACUCUUUGAAGCCCAUUGAUUCCAAUGUUUCAAAUCAAGAGCCAAACAGAAUUACCUCGGAGUUUGAGGCGAAGCCUGUGGACCUGGAGCCUGAUAAAAUGUCACGCAAAGCCCAUGGAGCAGGAGGUAGUAACCGCUUUCAGGAUGCCAGUCCUCCUGCGCGGCUAUCUGGUCGGAAGCAACGGGGAAGAAGCGAGGUAGGAAAAGAGAAUACUUCAUCGAAGAAGGCUUGCAUUGACCCAGAUUCACCCGAAUCUGAAGGGGGAAACCCAAUUGCUGCUGGGGAUGACGACGAGGUGCUCAAGCAGAGAGGGUCGCGUAAGGUAAGUAGAGGGAAGUCCAGGAAGAGCCAGGAUUUUUACGAAGACGUUGACGAGGAGGAUUUCACUUUGUUUCACAAACCACGAGCCCGUAACACUCCUGCACGAAAUUAUAAGGCGUCCAGCUCAACCGCCGAAGCCAAUGGACAAGAUGUAAAGAAAUCUUCCAGUGCAGCUAAAGAGAAACAAAAGGCUUCUGUCUUGUGUAGUGUGGCUGCCUAUUCAUCAGUUGUGAAGCCGAGGGUAGCCUUACUGCACGAGAAAGUGGGUCAUGGAAUGAUGAGGUGCCAAUUUGUAAUUGACGGCUCACUGGAUGACCCUGCUAAAGUGCUUGAAGUGAGCUAACUGCAUGGUCCCUUAACUGUGCACAUCAGUCCGGUGGCCAUGCUGAAAGCCACGAAACUGGAAGCUAAAAUGAUCGAAGCUUUACCAACGAUAAAGCUUCGUAUACAGGUGAUUGGUGUUGCUUAUCAUAUCUCACCAUUCUGUGCCCAGGUCAGUAGGGCCAGAGACCUCAGCGUUGCCUAAAAAUCGUAUAAUUUGAAAGAAUGUUACUUCAUGCCCUUAAGUAGUUCUUUUACAUAUGUUUAUUUCUAUUACAUAUUACUAAUAUCUCACAUCUCUCUCCCUCGUAUUGUAGUUGAAUAGAGUAACAUGGAUAGGUCAGUUCCCGUGGAGGCAUUUUAGCGGUGGAAUGUAGUGUAAUUCAAAGACAUUCUUCUGCUCAUCACCAGGCUCUGGAAGUGUGCAUACGAAACACCUGUGCAGUAAUGGAGAUAUUAUCAAUAUUGAAUGGUUGAAAUCUACACAUUAGAAGGACCGUCUAAGGCCAGAAAUCUUCUUUUAA